AUGAAUGCGGAACGGUUUUUGACUUACGACCAGAGCACUGCCGAUUUUCAGUUUCACUGCUAUCAAAUUUACGCCUUGCAAAGAUUUAUUCCAGAUGUAUCGCCGCGAUAUGAGCAUAAAGAAAGCUUAAGAAAAACAAGCAGUAUGCCGAGUGUGGAACAGACACAGCAGGCGCACGUGGAGGCCAUACGCCAACUACUUGACUCGUUUCCAAUCGCCCCAUGCAAGCAGAGUUCCAGCGCACAUGAGCAUAUUUUGGAGAAUUCGGAAUUGAUACUUUCAACAGCCUGGGAAGAUGCUGCUGGUAAAAGCCACUUCCAUAAUUCAGCGAUUGUUUUAACACUCAUUGUUAAGGUGUGGGGAACUCCACGGCAAAGUUUGGUACCAGAACCGGUCGACACGGAAUCGGACGAUGAAAUCAUCAACACAGAUAUUGAAGAAUUACGAGAUGCUGCACAG